AUGGGCGCCCCCGGAAGUCUACCUUCUCCACAAAAGCCAUCAGGCGGGCUUUCCGGCGUAGGAGAUAAUAUUAUCUCCAGCAGUGGUCACCAUCAGCGUAGCUUGGUGUCUUGCCCUCCAGAGGCACCGGCUCCAACCACGCAUCCCGUCGUAGUGCACCUCAUCACGACUUCGUCUUCUGCGUCGACCCCACCUUCGAACAUCUCUCCAUCUACCUUGACGACCUCACUUUCUUCAUUUCCAUUGAAUGUACUCUAUCCAUCCACCCUAAGCCACUCCAUCGCCAACGUGGCCAAUCCCCGGCCCUUGGUCCGUGGCCGAUGCUUAUGGGACAUACCGGGUGAAGUCCGCAAUCUCAUAUACAGCAGUGUAUUGACGGAGCUUCCCCGGCGCAUCAACGUUGCGAGGGAUCGGUCAUCUUGUUCAGGCACUCAAAAUCCAGAUACAGGCUACAUCACUCCUCAAUUCCCCUUCGCCAACUGUCUCCCCGGCAUCGCAUACACCUGUAAGCAGGUCUAUCAGGAGUUCGUCUCGUUGUACCUGGCGCGGGCAAAGUUCGAGCUCACAACAAUGGAGGACGUCUGGUAUUUCGAGGGCUUCCUAAAUACAGUACCGUGGGGUUGCGGUUGGCACGCGGUCGCCCACCUCGUCUUUCCCGACUUUGGAAGACUAGCCGAGACGCCCGCCCGUGCCAAUGAAGUUAUGGACUUCUGCCGACGUACCCCAGACCUUGGCCAUCUGGAGCUUGUGCUCAAUCUCAACGGGCUCUACCUGCCGCCCAUCCGCGAGGACUCGGAUCAAAUCAACUUCCUCCGCCGGAUGCGGCCAAUGAAGCCCGCGGAGCAGUUCGCCUUAGAGAUGGACCUGCGGAGUCUCUUCGAUAUGCCGAAUCUACAUACACUGACUGUCCGAUAUCGCCAUGAUGGCAUCACCUGCACGCCAAUGAAUAUGUCUGCGUUCAUGGACCUGCGAGACUGGUUAAUCAGUGGAUUCGUAGCGACGCCGGGAGUAGAGGUCUCGCAUGAAUACGUCGACUUUCCACGCUCGCGCGAUUCAUACAUCACGUUGCGCAUCUCUCGCCCAGAUCGUAGGGCCUCUGAUCUCCAAUCAUGCGGUGCGAGCGAGGCAUCUUCCGACGCGUUGGUGUUCUGA